AUGGCUUUUGGCAAUGGCAAUGCUAGUAUUCAUGUAUCAGAUAGUGAAACGGAACCACAGGAAAAUUUUGUGGACAUUGGUGAGACAGUAGGCGCAUCAGGAAGCAAAAAAAGUGAUAAAGAAGCUGGCAAACCACUUUUAGAAGAAGUGACUAUGGUUGGUUCGGGUACUAGUAAGAAUGCUGGAGGAUCAAAGCAAUGGAUUUGUAAACAUUGCAAAGUGAAAUAUACAAGUUCACACACUAGGAUUCAUACACAUUUCUUUGGUGCUCAAGUUGGGAAGACGGCAGAAAUUAGAAGAUGUCCAGCUAUGAUUAAAGAUCCGUCCAAGCUACAACGAAUUUCGAACAAGGUGAAAGAAGCCGAGAGCGGAGGUGUAUCAAGAACUUUAAAAAAUUCAAUCAUUUCAAAAAAUUCAGCAUCAAAAAGACGACUUGAGGAAGCUUUUGGUGUCAUGGAGCGGAAUAUAGUGGAGAUCAAAAUCAUGAGAGACUUGUGUGCUAAUGGUAUCCCAUUCAAUGUCUUGCGGAAUCCUCAAUUCAUUGAGAUGAUACAAGCCAUCAAGAAGUCACUGGAUGGAUAUAAACCUCCAUUUAGUGAAAAAGCAAGAACCGUCUUGCUAGAUGAGUGUGUGAGAGAUAUUGAUAAAGAACUAAUACUGGUAAAAGACACUUGGUACACUCAAGGUGUUUCGAUUAUUUCGGAUGGAUGGUCUAAUGUCAAACACAAGCCACUUCUCAAUGUUGUUGCCGUCAAUGCUCGUGGUGCGGUGUUUAUGUAUGCGGAAGAUUAUUUGGGGGUUGAGAAAACGGGAGUGGCGAUUUCCAAGUUUCUAAGAGGAGCAAUUGAAGCUGUUGGUCCAAGUAAUGUCUUACAAGUGGUGACGGACAACGCGGCUAAUUGCAAAGCUGCUGGACGCGAGAUCGAAAAGAAAGUGGAAACAACUGAAGCCUUGGCGAGUGACGUACUAUCACGGAUGGUAAAUUAAUGAGUUGAUGAUCAUCCUUUGACAAGCAUUUAAUCAAACAGAUGGAGUGCAACUGAUAGCCUAAAGAUGUCUAAGUUUUUCUUAUAGAAGGUACAAAGUUCUAAUUAGAAAAUUCUUCAAAUUUUGUAAAACCACCUAAUUUAUAUGAAGUUUUAAUCAAAAUAUUCUCCAAUU